CUUCCAUAUACAAACUUGUAUUUGAAGUCUACGUACCGUACGUCAAUACAGGUAAAAAGUUACAGGCUACAACAAUGAACGUGAGGAAGAAGGUUGUCUACAGAACCUUAUUCUAUCUUUGCACUGCAUACCUAAUCUGCAGAAUAAUCGCAUCAUACUUAAUUUGGGGACGUUAUGGCAGUGAUUUCCUUUCACAAAUUGUGAUUUUCUCGCAGGACCCUAACUCGUCUAAGGACAGACAGAUCUUACUCGGCAACCAAGCAGAUAUCAGCCAGUCAUCGCCAGCCAUCAAUCCUCAUCCAUACAAGUUCUUAAUCAACGAACCUAACAAGUGUCAGAAUGAAGACGGAAGUAGUAAGUUGGUGUUCUUGCUCGUGCUCGUCGCGACUAUUCACAAAAACGUCGGGCACCGGAAAACAAUUCGUGAGACAUGGGGGAGUCCGGGGGAGAUUAACGGGAACAACAUCAUCACGCUGUUCCUUCUUGCCAAACCUUCCAAAGGCAAUACAGAAUACCAGCGCAUCGUGGAAGAGGAAAGUGCUUCAUACCAUGACAUCAUCAUGAGUGGCUUUCAAGACUCCUACAAGAAUCUUACUUUGAAGACCAUUAUGGGUAUGAAGUGGGUCAGUCAAUUCUGCCCACACGCAAAUUAUGUAAUGAAAACAGAUGAUGAUAUGAUCGUCAUUUAUGAAAAUCUCUUCAGAUAUCUGUCAUCCACUUCUAUCCCACGCAACAACUUUGUAAGCUGUAUUGUGAUACGGGCCAAACCUAACCGAAUUGUGGGACACAGGUGGCAUGUUCCCAAAAGUAUUUAUCCAGGAGAGUGGUAUCCGCCAUUUUGUUCGGGGGCAGGUUACGUUAUGUCUGGCGAUGUUGCGAGGAACAUGUACACAAUAUCUCUGCACACGCCGUUCCUUUAUCUAGAAGACGUAUACAUGGGACUGUGUUUAUUCCAACUGGGGGUGUAUCCAUCCGCUCAUAGACAGUUUCAUAACUACCGCGUGGAAUACUCUACGUGUGGAUACAAGAAACUUUUCACAACCCACUACUCUAUAGCUAAAAACUCUGUCAGAUACAAUGUAUGGAGCCAAAUGGAGAGAGACAAACAAAUUCACUGUUACUUUAAUUUUUGGUAGUUUUUGAUGCCAAGACCAAAUAUUUGGCUCUUUAUUUGGAAAUUCAGAGAACAUGAUAAAAUAUAUAGAUCAACCAGUGCAGAAUGGUGUGUGAUAACUAUCCCCUCCCAUUUGUCCUUCAGUCCUUAACAAAUCUGGUUUCUGUGCGAUAACUUUAGUGAUGUUUGCUGAUUUUAAUGAAAUUUGAUAUGAAGGUACAUGGUAUGAAAAUACACCCUAAGUUCAAUUUCGAAGUAAGUAGGUCAAAGGUCAUAGCUCAUUAAAUAUGUGCAAAUAUCUAAUUAUACAUAUACCGUAUGUGAAAAAGUGGUUUUCAUUCAAUAAUGUAAGUAAUGUUGAGUGUGUACGUCAAAGGUCACAGCUCAUUAAAUAUGCACAAAUUGCUAAUUAUGUACAUGAGAAAUAGCUACAGUAAUUAUGUACACUGUACACGCAAAAAUGUGGUUUUUCUUAAACCAAUUACAAUAAAGGUUAUUUUCAGAUCUUCUCAUGGGUCAUUCCAUAAAGUAGAAAACUUUCUGUACAUCCAAUCCCCAGGUAUUAGUAGCUUCCUUGCCUAGUAAUGAUAUAAUAAAGUAUAAUGGAGGUAACUUGUUCUGACGUACAUGUACAUGUACAUGUAUAUAUAGGGCAUUUGUACUCGGCGAGGGGAUGCUACAGUGUAUGCUUUGCUUUGACU